AUGGAGAUCAUAUCCACCACGUUUAAGAGAAUCAAGUCUGGAGGACAAGCAGCUGUCCCAAGGAUAGGCUCGGUUACGAAGAAAGGAAUUUCAGUAGUAGGGAAUCUUGGAAGUAAGAUUAUCAAAGGGAAACAGAAGCCUAAGAAUGCUCAAAGUAUCAUGUCUCUACUCACAGAAGGAGAUAUAAAAUAUGGAGAUGAGAACUUAUUAGAAGAUGAAGAGGCUAUCUUCGAGUGUCUACUAAACACCAAUCCAAAAGAAGUCUGUAAAGCAUUGACAACCAUCCUCUCGAUUCUUCUUUACUGUUCAAAUUCAUCUCAUAGUUCAAGAUCUGCACCAAAUUUAGACUCUGCUUUAACAGAAGAGGAAGACCUCAGGACAAGAAUUAUGAAAAAGUUCUACCCAGCUGUUGUCAAUUGAAUCCAAAAUGAGAACAAGGAGGUGAAGAAGUUAGCAAUGCUGGUCAUCCUUCAGACAUUUAAAGAGGAUAAUGAGACAACUAUCAUGUGCAUCAACUCCCUCUUGAAAGAGGUUAUCAAUAAAGAUGCUGAGAGGAGGGUGAAUGGAAUUAGAUUAAUGAGCUCAAUUGCCAAUAAUGAUAUCUACCCAUUCAUUUAUGCCCAAGUACAGAAGGGAAUGAAUGAUUUGAACCCAUUAGUUAGAAGAGUCUCCUACGCAGGACUCUACAAGCUUAAAAAUAUAUGUGAUAUGGGUAAUACAGAGACUUUUGUGCCAGAUGAUGAAUCAGAAAAUGACGAUGAUGAAAAUGAAACUGAGACAGAAGAUCUUUGUCUUAGACUUCUUAGAAAUACUCUACAUAAUACCUCGGAGGAAGAGAAGGAAGUUGGCAUCCAAACUCUUAAACCAGAGGAAAAUGAGAAUGUUCUUGCAAUUGCUCUGUAUUUACUUGACAAAAUUAUUGACGAGGAAAAUGGUGUCGAACAAAAAAUUAGUACCAUUCAUCCAGUAUUUUAUACAAUCAUUGAGAAACUUGAUGAGAUCGAUGAAAUUAUUAUUAGUCAGAUAACUCCUAUUCUAAUAAGAUACUCUAAAAGAUAUAUGGCUACACAGAUCAAAGAGAGUAGAUUCCUUAAUGAAGGUGAUAUGCUUCCAAAACAAGUGAGAAAAGUCACAGAAAAUCUUUUAAAUGCCCUUCAUGGACUCUCCAACCCAGCAGCAGUUCUAUCCUUGUGCCAAUUUUUCUUAGUUGUUGCUCCUGCUUACAUGAUGGACCAAGUAGCUACUCAUCUUAUCAGAAUCUUCAAAGAGCUCGAAAUUGGAGGGGAGACAGACGACGAGCUUACAGCAUACACUGUCCUUCAUUUUAUCGAGGCAAUUCUGAAGAACAAUCUUCUUCUCAGGGCAAAUCCAAAAAUUUUCAAAAACUUUUCAAGUCUUAGAUUUAUCAACAGCUUGUUUGUUAAAACAGACCAGUCACAGUACUACUGUGUGAAGAAGCUGAUUAUUCUUGAUCUUAUCUGUGACAGGAUUAAGGACAAUUCAACAGUGAGGAAAAUAAUCCUAGAUGAGCAUUUUUAUCAGACUAAAAAUGCCUCUUACAUCAUUGCAAUGCAAGCUCUAGAAGGGAUGAAGAACUGCGGCCUUGAAAGGAAUGGAAUCAAUGAAAAUUCCAAAUCCAUGUUUUACCCAAGUAUUAGAUAUAUGAUUAAAAUUGUUAAGAACAACAAAGAUGACAGAGUUUUAGGGAGAUGUGUCCAAAAUUUACAUGUCAUGCUUCUUAAAGACAAAAAGAAAACGGCAGAAGUAGUAUAUUACCUAGUGUCUCUUUUGGAUAGGAUUAGCUCUCCUCCUGCUAAGGCAAGGAUCGUGAAGUUAAUCAUUGAUUUCAUUGAUUACUUUAAGACUCUAGCAAGGGAAACUUUCAGAAAGCUUGUAAAGAAUUUUACUAAUGAAAAACUUCCAGUUAAAUUUCAAAUCAUUCAACUAGGAGUUACUCUGAUGCUGAUUAAAUUUGAUGAUGCUGAGGAGAAACUAGAGGCGAUUUUCAAAUAUGUCCUUCAACUUGGAAUGCUAGAUGCAGAUUAUGGUCUCAAUCAGUUUACAAGAAUGAUUAAAGGAGUUUUUGAUAAAGGAACUUUAUUUGGAGGAGCUAUUACCACCAAGACAGCUUUCACUAGGAUCCAAAAUCCUAAAGAAGAUUCAAAGAAUGUAGAAGAGUACAAAAAUGUUGAUAUUCCUCAUGAGGAAAGGAAGGUUGAUCUCUUGCAAGACUUUGACAAGUAUUAUUUCCUGAGCUUAUCAAAUAUCCUCAAUCUUCCCCAAGACCAAGGAAUGUCACUUGAAAUUGAUCAAUGUAACGAAGAGCAGCAGGUUAUAGCAGAAGAGCAUCUCCAAAGAACUGGAGCAGUCAAAGAGAAACAUGAAUCAGUCACUAAGGGAAAAGUAGGUGAAUCCAUUGGCUUUGCAGUCACAAAUUCCAAAGGAAAAUCUGUGCAAUCCAUUGGCAGUGAUGAUGUCAAGAUUAUCCAAGGAAUAACUAAGAAAUCUGAUAAGUCUAAGCAAAGCUAUGCAUUUAAAGAUAAAACACAGUUGAAGAAGGAACUUGAAGAUUGGUUUGAUGAUGAUGACGAAGAUGAGAAAAUAUCCUAAUUUUAUUCCUAAAACCAUCCUG